AUGGACCCUCAGGCGGCCCCCGGUCAGGGAUCCGGAGAGCCCAGUGCGCGGGAGGCCCCCAGCAUGGAGGCUGGCUUUGCCGCAGCUGACCUCUCUGGUGAGGAGACAGAGACUGAGAUGGCCAUGGAUCGACUAGCCAGUCCUCUCUGCCAAGGAGCCCAGAGCAUCCCUAAUGGCAGCCUUGACCAUGCUGAGGGCCCAGGUGUGGAAGAGGAUGGCUUUGCGGAGGAGAAGGAAGCCGAUGGGGAACUGUACGCCUGGGAGCUGUCAGAAGGGCCGCCCAUGAAACAGGCUGCUGAUCUCUUUAGUGAGGACUGGGACUUGGAGCUGAAAGCAGACCAAGGCAAUCCUUACGAUGCCGAUGACAUCCAGGGGAGCAUUUUUCAAGAGAUUAAACCUUUGGUGUGCUGUGCCCCGCAAGAAGACAUGAUGUAUGACCCCAGCUGGCACCACCCCCCUCCACUGAUACCACAUUAUUCUAAGAUGGUCUUUGAAACAGGACAGUUUGAUGAUGCUGAAGACUAA